AUGAACAUGAAACGUCUUCCUCAGGUUCUCCGCCAGAAGAGAAGACCACGUAUUUGUAGGAUUCUCUGGGCGAUUGUAGUAGGCGCUCUUUUUAUCAUGACUAUUUACAUGGUCUACUCACUACUUAGAGCUUACUUCAAAUACGAUUCAUACAACCAAUCAUCUACUCUUUGGAAAGAUAACGUAACCUUACCUGCUCUUACCAUAUGCAGCUCCAACUACAUCAACUACACUUCCAUGAGGGAGGCGAUGGAGAGAGAAGAUCAGGUGGAGGUACUUGAAGCUUUCGAUCAGGCGAUGGGUCUGUUAGAGAGAUACGAUGGGGUGGGAAAUCUCUCGGAACUGUUUGAUGCUAACAAAGAAGUUUUCAAAAAGGUUGUUAAGUACGAAGUAGAGAGGGGUUCUCUACAGAUGAAGUUCUCUCUGGAUAUCAAGACCAUGGUGACUGGAACUCCUCACUACUUCUUUGAGAGUAUUGGGAGGAAUGUAACGGAUGUCAAGGAGAGUAUAAACCCCACUGAGUUAGGUAUGUGUCUAGAUAUUAACGAGGAUGGGUUAUUACAACAAUCCAUCGGGGGUUCCCGAGGGGGCUUCUCAAUCAACCUCAACACAAACUUACGAGAUUACCUCCCAACUACUUCAUCCCACGGGCUUAUUAUCUUUAUCAGGGAUCAAGAUGAGAAUGUUAUGAUGAAUCAGGGUGGAUACUUUAUCUCACCCGGGACCGAAACUUUUGUUAAGCUCAAAGCUAAGUCUGCUAAACGGUUGGGGCCUCCUCAUGGUACGUGUAAAAACGUGGAGAACAUUUACAGCAAACGGAAUGCGAAGUAUGAAUCAAUUCGAGAGUGUUGGCAACGGCAGGCGGUAGAGGCGAUGAUUCACAAGUGUGCUUGUAUCCCCAUAUACUUUGCAGGGAAGAUGUGGUUUCAGAACAAAACACACAUAUUAGAUGAGUUCAUCGAGAUAAUCAAGCCUAUCAGAGCACAAGAUUAUUACCAAUCUUAUUAUGAUGGGACUACAGAAACUGUUAAUAAAACAUUCUUUAAAGAAUCUGGACCUUCCACAACUGAAGAUAAUAUGACUUCAGAAAUAGAUCAAAUAAAGAAACUUUUCAUCAAUGCUCCUUUCUACAAAUACACGUGUGCCCUAAUUCACGAGAGAGCUUGUUCAGUUCUGGUAAACAACAUGAUAAGAAAAAGAACGGUUAAGUUUGAGAGAUGUCCGGAACCAUGCCAAUACAAUGAAUGGGAGGCAGUGGUAACUUCCUCACCCUUCCCUUCCACCCGACAAUACUUCAACAUGUUCCUCAGAAGUGUUGAAAUGCCCACUUACGAGCACGCGAAGGAUAACAUUGCACGUUUGCACGUGUAUUACGACGAUAUUCGAGUGCAGGAUACGCAGCAAAAGCCAGCAUAUCAACCCCAUAACUUAUUGGCAGAAUUUGGUGGAACUGUUGAUCUGUUUAUUGGGUUCUCCUUUUUCACAAUCUUACAACUGAUUGAGAUUAUGAUUGCAGCCUGCGUCCUGAAGUGCCGCGGGAGGAAAGAGGAAGAAAAGGUUUGA